AUGCCAAAAUUAAUAGUCAUCUUCUGCUGCGUCUUUGCCAGCUUAGGCUCUUUCUUGUUUGGCUACGACUCCGGCAUCAUUGGCUCGGUCAUUGCAAUCCCAGCAUUUGUAGCAUACAUUGGGGAUGGCAACCUCUCCGAUAGCGCAACCGGUGGCAUUGUCUCCGCUUACACAGGCGGAGCGAUUAUUGGAUCCUUGGUUGUGAGUUGGAUUGCAGACCCUUUCGGACGCAGAAUGGCAAUCUUUGUUGGCUCAGUCUUCGCGGCUGUGGGAGGUGCGGUGCAGGGCGGUGCUAAUAACAUUGCUGCAAUGGUUGUCGGACGGCUUCUUGCAGGCAUCGCUAUAGGCAUGCUCUCUGCCACGAUACCCAAUUACUGCUCCGAGGUAGCCCCUCCCGGUAUACGGGGUUUGCUAGGAGGUACGCAACAGUGGAUGUUGGGUCUUGGCUUCGUCGUCGCUCAGUGGGUCGGUUACGGAGGAUCACAAGCGACGGGUGCUUUCAGCUGGAGGUUUCCUCUAUCUCUGCAGGUUUUGCCAGCGGUGAUUUUAUGCGGUGGUAUCUUUCUCCUGCCAGAGAGCCCCAGGUGGCUUUUGGAGCAUCAAAAGGUUGCAGAAGCCCAGUCCAACCUAGAAAAGUUGCAUCUGAACAGGAGUCAGACCAACGCGGACUUUGUUGCUCGCGAAUUCCAAGAGAUCCGAGAUGCGCUCCUGGCAGAGAAGGCUGCAAUUACCUCUGUGUCAUGGAAGACGAUAUUCACGAAUGCUCCAUAUCGACGACGCCUUCUUCUCGCUUGUGGCAUUCAAGCAUUCACGCAAACUUCUGGGAUCAACGUCAUCAACUACUACGGCCCACGCAUAUACGCAACCCUUGGAUUCUCCGUUUCGACGUCGUUGUUCAUCAUUGGCGUCUACGGCGCGUUUGCUCAACUGUGGAACACGGUAUGUCUUGCUAUCAUGGAUCGUGUCGGCCGGAAGAAGCUGCUUCUACCCUCGAUGUUCGGAAUGGGAGCAGCUUUGUGCGUUAACGCCACGCUUGCGCGGUAUUUCAACCCUGAGACGAGUACCAACCAAGAUGCGCUUCGAGCAAGUGUCGCCAUGAACUUUGUCUUUUCGGUCUUCUUUACGAGCCUUGGGGUCAUCAGCUGGGUUUAUCCUGCCGAGAUUAUGUCCAUGGCGAUUAGAGCUCGCGGUACCUCUCUAUCCACGGUAACCAAUUGGUCCUUGAACCUCCUUUUUGCGCAGUGUUCACCUCUUGCUCUUUCAAGAUUGGGAUACCGCUAUUUCUAUAUCUUUGCAGCACUGAACUGGGCAGGUGGGAUCUCAAUCUAUCUCUUCUAUCCUGAGACCCUCGGUAGGACGCUAGAACAGCUGGACGAGUUGUUUGGUGACCAGAGAGUUGCUCAUGCUCUGAAGGAUACGACCUUGACGACUGGGGAAGCGUCAAACGACGGAUUCACACGGGGAGUCAGCGUAACAAUCGACAAGGCGUAA